UCUCUGAAAGAGAAGGAGCCUGGGGGCGAUAGCUGGAUGCUGCAGUAUCCGAUGCAUACGCGCCCAACGUAUCUAUCUGUAUGGGGAUUGGGCAGGAUGCUGUGAGAGAAGCGCGGGGGGUCGCGGGCGAUGCAAUGCAUUUCAGUGGCGUUUAUGCCAAUACUUAUUCCGUCUGCUCUAGUUAACUUCAGACAAAUUUGCCUUUCGAAUCGAUAAUUCCGAUCGACACCUACCACACACACCCACAUAAACCGAAUCUCUUCCUCCUUCAAAUUAAACCUAUGAAUUACUCGCAACGGGUGGCCGCUUGGUUGAGUUCUCUACCAGUGAAUGUAGUUCAAAUAAUAUGUGGUCGCUUCGGUAAAUUGGAGAUGAUAUCCUUCUGGUUGCUCUGUUGGAGGCUGCUGAGAGCCACAGCUGGAGUGAAGAGGAUAAAGGGGAAUGAAGUGAGAGAGAGCUGCAGUGCCAGUGCCAGCGACACUCCACAAGAGAAACAACAAGAACAAGAAUCCCACUCUGGGGCCGUAGCCAUGGAGACCAGCCAGCUUUCAGAGACGGACGAGCUAACAGACUAUAAAAUGGAUUCUGGGGAAACGGAGGACCAGAGACCCCUGCUUAGUGAGAGCGAGGAAGAAUGUGACCAAGAACCUUUCGCAGAAUACAGAGGAACAAAAGAGAACAUAAAAACAUCAGUGGAUGAACCAGACGAGGAUGAUGAACAUGUGGAUGGAAACAGAGAGGAGGGGAUUCUCAACUUUGGGACAGGACAAGAUGACUUCAGUCUAAAAGAGUUACUCAACUCCUCAAGUAUAUUUGGGAGUGAACCCGUUUGCAAGGUGGAAGACCUGCUUGCAGAAGAUGACGUGGACAACUCUGCUCCAUCUGAAGUGAUGGUGACACAAGAGUCCAUCUUGGAGCAGCUUAUCCGAGAGGAGGUCUCCUCUGACGUUUCUACGGGGUCCUGUCAUGACCUUGACCGAGACGACCUGAGUGACUGUCUGCAGGUAGAAAUGGCCAUCGUGUCAUCAGACAGCGAGACUGAUGACCAAUGGAGGUCCACUUUAGCAUCUACAGUCAACAAGGAGGAAAGGUGUGACGGAAAUGCUCAAGAUGCUCUCGAGAAGGACAAAUUUGCAGGGGAGGUAGAGAAUGGGGCCAAGGAUGAAACUGCAGAUAGUCCUCACGAGCUUGAACAACCCGAUUGCCCCACAGAAUGCGAGAUCCAAGACCAAGAUAUGUCCUCUGGCCAGUUCAAGGUCUUAUCAGAGAUUCCAGAGGAUGAAGAAGAGGCCAGCCAAGGCGGAGCUUGCAAAGUACGUCGUUCUACAUCUGCAAGCUCUUCUGUAAGCUCUGACCCUGACAAGAAGGUUCCUCAAGACUACUGUGUGAUACAAGAAAUGACGAGUAAGAACGUUAGUACAGAGCAUGUGGACUUCCAGGGGGCUCGGAAGCAGUGGCGCCAAAUGGAGGAGCAGACCAAAGGACAGGUCCAGGUCCACCAGCCCACUGUCAGACAGCAGGGGAUGUGCCAGGGAGGCCACAGCGCCAUGUACACACCCGUCAGGAACAUCGACCGACCCAGGAGGGAUACCGAACUCGACAGCCUCGCCCUGGGUGACUUUCAUCACACCCAGUUCAGCCCAUGUUCAGAAGACUCAGGUCUGGAUGACCUCAGCUACAGGUCCCCUUACGAGGACUCAGACAACCCUGUCGAAAGGGAGAUACGACAGACCAUAGAGCGCGAGGAAAACUUCAGGCGGGAGAGAGGGAUCGCAAAACAGGGUCAAGCUGGAGAAUCAUCUGCACAUCCCAGACCAACCACUCUCUACCCCGGCAAGUACGGGAAAGGUUUUUGCCAGGAGGUGGAGGAGAAACGGAAGAUGUUUGACUCUAGUGAUCCCGGAUGCAGGCCACUGAGGUCUCCCGAUGCAAAAACCCCAACCUUCUCCAUAGCCACCUCCCCCUCACCCACACCGAGGUGUGCGACCUACCAUGAAAUGACCGCCCAAAACGUGAUCAUCCUGGAGCCAGACUCCUACCCCACCAGCCCAAGGCACCGCACCCGAGGAUCCCUGCUCUCCCCGGGUCCCAGCCGUUACAGCGAGUGGCCUUUGGAGACGUCAGCCAACGUCAUCAUUCUAGAGACGUCCAACCUGAUCAUUAGGAGCGCCUCAGAGUUCUGCCUGAGCUCGGCCUCCUGCCAGGAGACCCAGGAGAGCACAUUUGUCAACAACCCCUUCUUCAAACUGCGCUCACGAAGCUCCAUGUCCCUAGUGGACCAGGAGAUUAAGAUGGUGAAGCAGAGGGAGGAGGAGUGGAGGAGGCAGAGGAGCCAGAUGCACACCAGGGAGAAGUAUGACACUGUUGUGGUGUCCCCGAACCUGGAGAACCUGAGCUUUGAUACAGCAGAAGUGCCACUGAAAUGUGUGUCUUCCCCUUCAUCACCAUCAAGGUCUCGAAAGCUGGACCGCUCCACCCUGUCAUGUGACCAUAGGUUCCCAGAAUCACUCUCCACAUUACCAAGGAAAAAGAAUGUGAUGGCUCAGAGAUGGGAGGCAAGACUAUUUGUCAACCACGACCAAGAGUGAAGAACAUCAAACCUGAAUAAUCCCAUUCCAUAUUACUACAGCUGCCAACUUCCUGAACUUUGCUAGAUGUUUCCAGUUCUAUUAUUGAUACAGCUUGAAUAUAUAUAU